GGAGGGGAGGAGGCACAGCCGCAUCCGCCCUUCGAUCGAUGAAUCUGGAGCGGCUGCUCUUCUCUGGGGAGAGGGCGGAAGUUCUAGUCUCUCAGCCUAGACUUAUCGCUCGCUGAGCUGCUCGCCGGUCAGAAGCUCGCGCCGGAGUUGGGGGAAGGAAGAUGUUUCGCAACCAGUAUGACAAUGAUGUCACUGUCUGGAGCCCUCAGGGCCGAAUUCAUCAAAUAGAAUAUGCUAUGGAAGCUGUGAAGCAAGGCUCAGCUACUGUGGGGCUGAAAUCAAAAACCCAUGCUGUUCUGGUUGCUCUAAAGAGAGCACAGUCUGAACUGGCAGCUCAUCAGAAAAAAAUCCUGUAUGUUGACAACCAUAUUGGCAUCUCAAUUGCUGGGCUUACUGCUGAUGCAAGACUGUUGUGUAAUUUCAUGCGUCAGGAGUGUCUGGAUUCUAGAUUUGUGUUUGACAGACCUCUUCCAGUGUCCCGUCUAGUGUCUCUAAUUGGAAGCAAAACCCAGAUACCAACACAGCGAUAUGGCAGAAGACCAUAUGGUGUAGGACUGCUCAUUGCGGGUUAUGAUGAUAUGGGUCCUCACAUCUUCCAAACUUGUCCUUCUGCAAACUAUUUUGACUGCAAAGCUAUGUCCAUUGGUGCUCGUUCACAGUCAGCUCGAACUUAUUUGGAAAGACGCAUGACUGAGUUUGUUGACUGUAACCUGAAUGAGCUAGUUAAACAUGGUCUGCGAGCUCUCAGAGAGACCCUUCCUGCAGAACAGGAUCUGACGACCAAGAAUGUUUCCAUUGGAAUUGUUGGCAAAGAAAUGGAGUUUACUAUCUAUGAUGAUGAUGAUGUGGCUCCAUUCCUGGAGGGACUUGAAGAGAGACCACAGAGGAAGCUUGCUCCACCUGCUGAGGAACCUGCAGAAAAGGCAGAAGAACCAAUGGAGCACUAAUAUUUGUGGAUAAGCCCAUGUGUUAACCUAUAUAUAACAAUAUAGGAAUGUUCAUCCAUUAAUCUUUACCCUGAACCAAAUGGAUAUUAUAGUAAUACAUGAUGGGGAAUUAGUCCUAGAGUAUUUUCAGAUAUCCCUAAACUGACAUCAAAGAAGUCAUACUUGGGCACCUUUUCUUUGAAAGGAAAGGUAAAAUCAUUUUUUUUUUAAAAGAACCAGAAUACUAUCUGUUUUGUAUGAAGAGCAGAUUGUCUUUUAAGGGCAUCUGGAAUAAAAUUUUCUUUCUUGAAACUUGC